UUGUGUAAAAUUUCUCCGAAACGUCAGAAAGUUUUUAUUUUCGGAAUGUUUAAAUCAGAAAAACGUGUAAGCUACGGAACCAAGCGUAUCCGCGGCAGCAAACUGAGUUGGGCGGUGGGCAAGAAGACGGUGAUGUGUGUCGGCACCACGAGCAUGGUCUUUGUCGCCACCGUGGAGAACUUCCCGGAGGCAACCCACAACGAGGCCGCCGGUGGCUAUUGGAUUCGCGGUGGCAACGCGUCGAACAACUGCACGGUGCUCUCCAAUCUGGGGGUCAAGGUGGAGUUCUUCGGGAUGCUGAGCAACCUCAGUAUGUACCAGCUUCUCGUUGACGAUCUGACUGCACGCGGCAUCAUUGUGGAGAACUGCCCGACUUGCAGUCAAAGUGCACCCUUCUCAUCGGUCAUCCUCUCUAAAUCGCCGAGAGCGCGGAGCAUUGUAAUCUGCAACAGUAAUUUUCCCCACGUGGGGAUCGAGGAUUUCAGGAAGCUGGACCUCAGCAAAUACGGGUGGAUCCACAUGAGAGCUUUGUACUUCGAAAACACACUGGCAAUGCUCAAGGAGUUGGCGGCGUACAAUGCCUCCAAGGAGGAGAAGAUAAUAGUUUCCUUGGAGUUCGAUCACAAUCUGGAGGAGAUGUGGCCCCUGACAGAAUAUUGCGACUACGCUUUUUUCUCGAAGCAGCUGGCCCAACCGAAUGGAUGGACUUCGCUCGAGGAUGCCUGCAGUCAGCUGGAUGAGAAACUGCGCAUGCGAUGGGGUCUCAAUCUUAAGCGACCGUACGUGAUCGUCCUGUGGGGCGAUCAGGGUGCUGGAAUCAUGGAUCUCGAAGGGAACUUUACCCACUCCAAGCCGUACAAGCCCAGGCGAAUCAACAGUUUUUUAGGUGCCGGCGACACCUUCGUGGGUGCCGUCAUCUACGCACUUUACAUCCGGGAGAGAUCUUUGCCAGUUGCCGUGGACUUUGGCAAUCGGAUGGCCAGCUUCAAGAUGACCCGAAGCGGCUUCGAUCACAUCGCCAAUAUUCUACUUCCCCCAACUUUAUGACUCUAGUAGAUAAAUUUAGAAAAGGUAUACAUUUUAACCGAAUUCAGACUUAAACAUAUAUGUUGAGCAUGUGUAAACAAAAUCAGUAACAGUGAUGUAAGCUUUUUAUAAACCGACAUGUUUUAACAAUUUUAAAUGAAAGAAAUUUCAAAAUACAGUUUAAUUUUAUUUUAA